UCUAGAAAGCUCGGCGGUCGAUUAUGAGCCGACUGCGCUGCCAGGAUUCCAUGGCAAGCGAUUUCUGUGAGCGUCUGCGCAUCGCCAUUCCACGACGGAAAGGUCCAUCGCGAGCACGCCGAAGUGGCUGAAUCUCGGGGUCGGUUCUGACAGUUGGAGCGCGAGCAGGAAGCAAGAGAUCCGGGUUCGAUCGGUUGGAUUUGGAGCCAGGGAGGGAGCACUAGGAGGAGGGCUUCGGAUUCUGCGCAAAUGGCCGAGGCUAGUAACGAAAUCGCUGACUUGGAAGAACUUGAGGAGCUGCUCUCUGCUGCCAAACGCCCUCGAGUUCAGGGACUUUUGCGGCAAGAGAUUGAGGCUUUGAAGAAGAGUCAAGCAACAGCAACUGAGAAGAACGCAGCGGUUUUGGAUUUGAAUUCCCCACCGGAAACCAAGGUCAAUGAAGUGGUUGAGCGUCCCCUACUUGCGGAACCGAUGGCGCCUGUUCAGUCAGUUCCAAAAUUUACGACACCACAAACCAUUAACUACAUAUCAUUAGACCGAUUCAGCUAUGAUCAGGAACUCGAUAAAGUGAAGAUUUAUAUUUUCCUGGAGGGUGCUUCUCAGGAUAAAGUCGUGGCUGACUUCAAGACCAACUCAUUUGAUCUGAAAAUCCAUGACGUUGGAGGCAAGAAUUAUAGAUGUGGUAUCCCAAGACUUAACGGGGCGAUCAUUCCGGAGAGCUGUGGAAUCACCGUUAAACCCAAGAGGAUAAUCAUUACCCUACGGAAGGCUGAAAAGCAAAAUUGGACUGAUAUACACUACAAGGAAGACAAGUUCAAACCCUCGAAAAAUUCCGACAAGGAUCCAAUGGCUGGAAUUAUGGACCUGAUGAAGAAUAUGUACGAUGAAGGAGAUGAGGAGACCAAGCGAACCAUAGCAAAGGCUUGGUCUGAGUCUCGGUCUGGAAAAACUUCUGAUCCUUUGAGCAAGUACGGGGGCUUGUAACCUAAUAUGGAGAUUGCUCAGUCCUAAUUUUGAAGAAGAGAAACAAGUUGUGGUUUCUAAGCGACUCACUCAGGUUUCCUUCUCUCACUCUCUCUAUCUUCAAGAUUCUUCAACAGAACUUGUGAACAUGCCGUUCGAAUGAACAGCACUUGGAGAGCACUAUGAGUGUCACAGAGCAUUUGUACAGAAGUGAGGGUGUGGUAGGUGUAACUGGAAUUUUGCACAUCUGAGGGAUCAGUUACCAAUGCAUUCAGAGUUGAGUAGAAUAGAAUUGCCCAAAGGUCAACGAAGACGAAGUCCCAGGGAGCUAAGUGGUCGUUGUUAGUAUCAGGAUUUUACAUGAAAUUCCAUGUCAUCCACGGAGGAUUGGAACUUCGAACGGAGAGUAGCUGUGGCAGUGGAUUGUUCAGAUGAGAUUAUAUUUUGAAAGGAUCUUGCAGAUUUCCUGCAAAUUCUCCUUCAUUAAUGGUCAAAUCGCGUUUUGUACAACAUGACUUGUGAAGUGAUAUAUUACGGG